UGGAGUUCCCUUCCGGUAUGUUUUUGUUGACCCACAGGCAGUGAAAUUGAAGCACUUUGUGGACAACGACGGUGGUUAGAGUCUCUUACAUUAGAAUUAGGUUGGUUUUACAGUGAAAAUAUAAUGGAUGAAGCAUGAGGACCACCUCCCCAAUGGCUGAUCUGUGUUCAAAGAUCUCCGCUGUCUUGCCUCCAAGUGAGGAGCAGUUUCCACUUCAAUUCAGCGACAAAUUGGAGUCCAGCAUGGUGGAAAUGUUAAGACGGUCCACACAGCAGCUGUACAGCCGCACCACCACGAGGACCAGCCGGAUGCUCAAUGCUCAGAUUAUUCUGGAUUUUUCGUGGGAGAAGCUCAACAUGGGAACAUGGCGAGAUGUGGACAAAGAAUGGAGACGUGUUUAUUCUUAUGGCUGCCUGUUCAAAGUGGCAGCUUUGUGCUGGGACGAUCCGUCCACAGAAGAGAUCCUGCAGGCUGUGAAGACUUGUGACAUGGGAUUACUCAUGGGGGCGGCCAUCAUGGAUGAUGUACUUCAGGUGAUCGUUCGGAUCCUGCAGGGGGAAGUGAGGAAAUCAGCUAGAGAAGAAGAGGGGAAGGAGCAUCCUCAGGUUAAGAGAAUAAAGAUCGAGCUCCCGCGUGUCCCUGCGAUCAAAGGGGAGCAGGCUGUUCCCAGGAUCAGGUGUCCUUCACUGGAGAGCUUCAACACCAACCACCUGCUCCCCCUCAGACCCGUGAUUUUAGAGGGGAUCAUUGACCACUGGCCCGCCUUCAACCAGAGACCCUGGAGCAUAGAAUACUUGAGGUCUGUCGCUGGCUGUCGGACUGUUCCUGUGGAAGUGGGGUCAAGGUACACGGAUGAGGAAUGGUCUCAAACACUGCUCACCGUCAAUGAAUUCAUUGAUCGAUAUAUCGUACAUAAAUUUGUCUCCAUCCAGAGUGGCGGUGAAGCUUCGGGUUACCUCGCUCAACACCAGCUGUUUGAUCAGAUCCCAGAAUUGAAGGAGGACAUUCGCCUCCCUGAUUAUUGCUGCCUUGGUGAGGGAGAAGAGGAGGACAUAACCGUUAAUGCCUGGUUCGGGCCUGGAGGCACGGUGUCGCCCCUACACCAAGACCCUCAGCAGAACUUCCUGGCUCAGGUAGUGGGGAGCAAAUACAUUCGCCUAUAUUCCCCAGAGGACACAGACAAGCUGUACCCCCAUCAAUCCCAGCUCCUCCACAACACCAGCCAGGUGGAGGUGGAGAAUCCUGACACAGAUCGCUUCCCGAAGUUUGCCACCGCUCCUUAUCUUGAAUGUGUCCUGCAGCCCGGAGAGGUGCUGUUCAUCCCAGUAAAACACUGGCAUUAUGUCCGCUCCUUGGAGCUCAGCUUCUCUGUCAGCUUCUGGUGGUCAUGACUACAGAUCCGUCAUAAACAGAUAUUUUUUUAAAGCCAAGUGUGACUGUAGCUUGUUUUCUGCUGCCAUGGGGGGAAUUUAAUUUAGAGUUUUACUACUAAUGCGAUGCUAAUUCUCAUAAAUCUUGUGACAACCAGUGAUCACACAAACCUUUGAUCCAUGAACAAUGAACACACACUGCUGAAUGAUUAGUUUAAUUGAGCUGCUGAUGAGUGCAGCAAAAUCUAUUGUGUGGAAAGCUACCCGCAGGAGAGAAAAACAAACAAAUGAGCAGUUAAAAGUGUGUGUGCUCAUUUUAUCCUGCAUAUCAUUUACAGAGGGUUGUUAGCCAUCUAAUUUGAUAGGAUGCGUUUCUCUUUUCAAAUUGGCUUAUUUAAUUGUAUUCUCAAUCUCAUACCUACAAAUUUCCUCACGUGUGAUUUCCAUAAUUCAUGGAAAUGAGGCAAGUCUUCAAAUGUAAUAGCCUAGGGAGCUACAGGUACAGAAAUGUGCUAAUAAACACAGGUCUGUGGUUAAAUUGACAGUCUGAGGCAAUGAAGCAGGUCACAGAUGGAAAUUAAUUAAUUAAAUGAAUUAAUCCCCCGGGCACAGACCCACUUUGAAAUUAAAAUCGUCUCACUGGCCGGGUAUCACAACAGUAUGACUCAUGUCUAGCACUGAAAACACAUCUGACUACAAAAACUGUCAUGUUGGAUUUUAGACCUGUGACAAACCCAGUCAUGUAAAACAGGAAUCCAGUUAAAUCAAGAGCCAUAAUAAGGAUUAUUAUCUGUGUGAGGAUGUGAGAGAAUAAAGGAAAUUGGCACUGAAGGGCACUUUUAACCUGACUUCACACCGAAAUAACAUUCAGCCAGCAGGUAGUGCUCUGAAAACUGUGUCAAAUCUGUGUACUGACUUCCCCUCCAAAGUUUCCUCUGCACUAAUAUGAACCCUGCCUUUACUUAACUCUGUGAGUAAACGCUGUACACUUCACUUAGCCGUCAGUGCUUUGUAGUUGUCAAGUAAGUGGCACAAUUGACUUAAGAUCGCACAAAACUGCUUACACUCAUUAUAAUGUGAUCAAUACUCAAUUACCAGUGAAGUAAUGUGGGACCUCUGGGCCUAUAACCCUUUCUCUCCCACCUCGACCCUCUCCUCCCGCUCCUCUUUUGAUUAAUGGCCGCAUGGAUUUUUGAAUAAAUCUUGGCAAAGCAGGAUUACAUCCGGAAGAUUAAUCUUGUUUUCUGAGACGGUAAAGUGACUCAUGGAUGUACAUUUGAUACCUUAUUUAGAAUAAACACACAAUCCACUGAAAUGUGCAGCACAUCAUGAGGAGGUGUUAGAGUGCUGUAAAGGGGCCACUUAGGAAGGUGUGUAGGUUCAUGAAAUUUUAUGUGUGUGAUUUACAGAUCAUGAGCAGCUUGAUCAAUAAGCACAGCCUCUGUAAAUAACCCACUACAUAAACAGUCAUUCAAAGAUUCAAACCUUCCCGAGGUAGCCUUGAGUGCGUUCCAUAUGUAUGGCGUGAGCUCAACGUUAUGUUAUUACCUGGCUGUGUUAUGUGCAAUUAGCUCUCAGUAGCAAAAGUGAAGCCAGGAAUAAACUGAUGACAUGUCAAAUCAAA